AUCCUGAGCUCCUAUCUAAGUGGCUUACAGCAAUUGAUGGUAAAAACUGGAAACCUUCAGAUUCCUGUCGAAUUUGCAGUGAUCAUUUUACAGAUAAGGAUUACAUGCAUCCUGGUGCUGAAAUCCCUCACCUACAGCUCGAUGCAGUUCCCUCUAUUUUUGACAGAUCAUCUGAUCAUUUACAAGAAGAGAUUGGAAGGAAAUAUGACAUAAAGGAGGAAUCAUGCAAACAGCCAGUAGUAACAAACGAAGACACACAGACUAAUCUUAAGGAGCAGGUAACCUAUACAAAACACAAACCCAUCUCCACCUUCUAGGUUCAAUGUGCAACCUGUGAUGUAAGUAAACAAGGCACUUUUUGUAUGACCCUUCAAGUGGAGAUUGUGUAUUUAACUUAUAAAAGUGAAUGGGGGGUUUAUACAAAAAUGGUAUAGCAGGUUUGUUGUUUUCAAAAGCUAUGUUUCUGAAAAGUGUUGUGUUUUCAGUGAGAUGAUAAGUAAAAGUGACCGUUGGCUAACAGUAAAUUGCAACAUUGCAUAAUCCAAGGGAUUUAUUGCGCAUAUUAACUGGAUUGUAAACGGUCUUGAAUAAGAUUUAAAAGAAAUGUCGAAAGACGUUCUGCUGUUUUCCUGUGAUUUCAUGACUAAAUUGUUAUGGCAAUAUUAAUACUGCUAAUAUACUGUUAUACAUUGAUACCAUAUGUAGCAACAGCCUUAUUGUGGUCCCCUUACAGUCACUUCCUGACCAGACUAAGCAAAGAGAGGUUAGCUCUGUGGGAGAUCAGGCUUCAAGCUCCUUUGUGGCAAGUCUACCUUGUGGGUCAGAGCUGCAAUAAAAGGAACAAACAGAAACAAGCAAUACACAGGUAGUGUUAGUUAUUUUUUACAUAGAUACAUAUAUAUUCUCAUCAUGAUAUAUAUCUAUACACCCCAUCUUUUAAGGGUCACUCUAAGAACCAUUACCAUUACAGCAGAUUGUAGUCAAAGGAAGCUACGGGGUAGGGGAAAUUUCCUUUCCAUUUUCUGUCAAACUUUCAGAACGUUUGACUGAAAUAAACAAAUGAUUCCCUAGGAUCCCAGUUCCAUCCCUUUAGUUGGUGAUGAAAUAAUGAGGAAGUUUGUACCAGUGUUUAGAUUGUGCAAACAGAAGCUGCUAGUUCUGAAGUAUCGUUGUGGCCAGUACCCUAUUAGCCUUUUCAUUGGGAGCAAUCUGACACAAGUGCUUUAUGGUGCUUGACAAGAACUAGAGAGCUGCAUCAAGUCUCUUUGCAUCAUUAUGCUGUAGUGGUUAAUGUGCAUUGAAUGUACCUUCAAAUACUAUACACAUGUCAACCGAAUUACAGAAACCCUGAGGGUUUAGGGCAAAGUUGUCAAACUGUACCCUCCCAGGUAUUUUAAACUAAAAUACCAUCGUCCUUAAUAGGAGUUCUAUUUUUAAAGUAUCUAUGGGGCUCAACACUCGUGUUUUGUGUAAAAGAUCAAUCUCAAACUUCAGUGUAUAAAGAGAGCAGAUGAAAAGGUUAUAUGUAAACAAUGAAGCAUUGUAGUUUGUUCUACGAUUUCUUACAUAGAGUCUAGUUAGAGACUUAACUAUCACAGUUUUAUUCUGUGUUGGUUGUCUGAGGUGGCCAUAAUGCAUCCAAAAUGACUAUUCCUAGCUUUUUAAUCAGAAUAUUGUCAUAUAAUUUAUUCAUUACAAAUUGCACAACUCCUAAAUCUCUGUUUAAACUCCUAAAUUCCUGGCACCAUAACCACUAAAAAGCUUGAUUGUUGUGGUUAUGGUGCCAUGAAUUCCCUAGCCCCUUCUCACAGUGAGAAGUCAAACCAAAUUUGAAAGAUGUCACACUUACCUGGGUUUUAGACAUCGCUAAAGUGGAAGUUCCCUUCAAUUUAGCAAUAUCAGUUUUGUCCAAUUUCAUACAUCAUUCAUGGGCUCCUCAUUCAUUGAUUCGUCCAAAGUUGGACAAAACUGAUAUAACUGAUGCUGAAUGCAAAGUUCUGCAUUAAUGAUAUCAGAAGUCUAAGGAUCAUGGCUGUGGUAACCAGGUAAGUGUCAAAGCAUUAAAAAAAAUGAUAUAACAAUACUUCUGGACAGCAUUAGGGAUCUUAUGGUGUUAAGAGUGCCCACUUCUCAGGGCACAAUUUUGUGAAAGUUCUGAUCUGUUUGUUGAUAAGUGAAGUUGCGGAAUACUCUCAGACCCAAGUUGGGUCUACGUCAUAGCAGCAUGUGCCAGUUUAAACUACCUAUAUAAUUAAGAAAACCUCUGUGUUUAAUAAAAUAACCCACAUAAUGAUGAUUGAUAUGAAUAUAUUUGAUCAUGCUUAUAUACAAAUAUAUUGUUAUCAGCUUGGGGGUAUUAAAUUAGAACAUAACUCAGGAAUCCUGCUGUAAAUACUGCACAAAUAAAAUUGAAUGUCUAGCAAGAUUAAAAGCCCCUGGUGAUUAAGCACUCUUAUUUAUUUAUUUGGUCCUGCUGAAGCAGAAAAUUAUAUUUCAUGGCAGCUAUGUAAAUUGUAUUCCUUGGGAUCAUCAGCAAUACCCCUUGUUCACAGUUUGAAAUACUUGUAAGAAACUCUGUACCGCACUAUUGUUUACUGAUAAUUCUUUCUCUUUGUCUUUACUUUACUAGAUUGCAUGUUUUCUUAAGAACAGACAAAUGUCAAAUAUAUGUGCUGUGAAGGGCUGCAAAAAUGCUUAUAUUAAAGGAAGUGGCAAACAUUUUUUCAGGUAAUCAAUAUUCUAAUAUUAUAUAUAAUAUUCGCUAAGUAUCAUAGUACAACUAUUAAUCUAGCAAUAAUUAACCAAAGAAACUUUGCCAACCUGUGUAGUUUAGUACUAUAGUUUGAUAAAAGUGAUUUUGAAUGAAUGAACAUGGACAUUUUAAUUUAAUCUAUUUGUUAAAAGCCACAUAUAAUGCCACCGUGUGAAAACGUAAUCAUCCCUUUAGACUGAAAAACAGAUUACAAUACCUUUACGGGCAAUAUCUAAAUAUUCCUUUAGUGAUGAAUCAGUUUUUACCAGAAGUAUGAAGGGAUUUUCAUCCAUGUCUUCAUACUAAUCUAUUUAACCCCUUAAGGACACAUGACAUGUGUGACAUGUCAUGAUUCCCUUUUAUUCCAGAAGUUUGGUCCUUAAGGGGUUAAACUCAAUGAAAUUUGCAUUUUUGAGCAUAAACUGUUUAUUUCUGGUCCUGUGACAAUAUCGGUAUGAAGUUAAACUUUAGACUUACUAGAUCAUUCCAUAUGAAUACAGAAAUGAAAAGAAAAAACCUACCAUAGAGUGUCUCAACAUUUUGGUAAAUAUAGUCACAAUGAAAUGAGCAUAAAAAAUAACUUUUAAUGGAUAUAUUAAAAUGUAAAAUAGAAAAGAUAAAAGCUAAACAAAAAGCACAAGGCUACAAAAUAAUAUGUCCUAUAAACUAGUUGGGGUAUUAAACCUCCAAUAGAACCAAUAGCAAGAGAAGUGUUGCUUCAAAGAAAUACUUAUUGGUGUAAAGUCAAACUACUUGCUAUGAACAAUGUGACUGAAUUCUAAAUAGAAAAGUGGGAUACUAGUAUCCUCUAAACUCCUCCUGCAGAACAGGGUCGGUUGAAUAUAGAUGAAAUGCCUCUAGUGCACAAGGGGUUAAACAGCACAAUAGUUGGUUGCAAUGAUUAAUAGAAAAGAGGCAGGGAAUACCUAUAAAAUAAAGAGGUAUAGGAGACAGUUGCAAGAUAGGUUAGAUAUGAUGGUCAGUAGAAAUAUAGAGACUAUAGGUAAUCCUGACGCUUAAAUAGUAAAAAGUGAAGCCACUUGCUAUAAACAAUGUUCAAGAUGGGAGGGUGGAGUAUUAGUAUCCUCUGAACUCCUCCUGCAGGACAGGGUCUGCUGUAUAUAGAUGAAGUAUUUCUAAUACAGAAGAGGUUAAACAGCAUACCAAUGUGGUUGCAAUAGUUAAUAGAAAAGAGGCAGAGAAUACCUGUAAAUAGGGAGGUAUAGGAGGCAAUAACAAGCUAGGUUUAGAUGCAAUGAUAAAUAGAGAUGUAGGAAAUAUAGGUAAUCCUGACGCUUGUAAGAUAGAAAAACUAAGUGCCUUCGAGGGCACCCCUUAAUAAAUGCCUAUACUAUAUAACUCAACCCCCCAAAAAGGAAUAAAGAGACAGAGGAUAGGACAAGUAAAAAGAAUGCCUAGUUGUAAAAGCAAGAUCGCUAGUCAGACCGUGGCUGAAUAAGUGCAGCAGCAGAGGAAUGUCAAGCUAGGCUUCCUGAGCCCCUGACAUGCAUGUUUUAGUCUGGGUUACUCAUCAGAGGGGCAUGCCAAAUGCCAGCAGAAUGCUUGGUUGUAUAGGGAGAAGUAUUAGCAGUAGAAAGAGGGAAGUGCUCAUGCCAUUGUACAGAACACUGGUGAGACCUCACUUGGAGUAUUGUACGCAGUACUGGAGACAGUAUCUUCAGAAGGAUAUUGAUACUUUAGAGAGAGUUCAGAGAAGGGCUACUAAACUGGUUCUUGGGUUGCAGGAUAAAACUUACCAGGAAAGGUUAAAGGAUCUUAACAUGUAUAGCUUGGAGGAAAGACAAGACAGGGGGAUAUGAUAGAAACAUUUAAAUACAUAAAGGGAAUCAACACAAUAAAGGAGGAGACCAUAUUUAAAAGAAGAAAAACUACCACGACAAGAGGACAUAGUCUUAAAUUAGAGGGGCAAAGGUUUAAAAAUAAUAUCAGGAAGUAUUAAUUUACUGAGAGGGUAGUGGAUGCAUGGAAUAGCUUUCCAGCUAAAGUGGUAGAGGUUAAGACAGUAAAGGAGUUUAAGCAUGCAUGGGAUAGGUAUAAGUCUAUCCUAACUAUAAGAUAAGGCCAGGGACUAAUGAAAGUAUUUAGAAAAUUGGGCAGACUAGAUGUUCUUAUCUGCCGUCCCAUUCUAUGUUUCUAUGUUACCAGUGAACCACUCAAGGACAGCUGUUUCGUUGUUAAUGCAACUCAUCAGCAUGAGGUUGGUUACUGGUUUGCUUAUUGAGGCUUGGUAGUGCUUGGGAAGCAAAAUCCAAAUAUUUUAUGGUUAUGGUGGGGAAAAAUUGUAACAUCACUGCAGAUUUGGGAUUUCUGUGGGAAAAGCAAGUCUUAUGGCUUGACUGGUGUGCAGAUUUUUGUUUAACAUUGUAUUAACUAUCCACAGACUUCAGGUGGAAGGGGUUUUCAAUCACAAUUUUUCCCCACUAUAACCUAUUUGGAUUUAUAUAUAUAUAUAUAUUGGAAGGCUUGGCCUGAAGUUGUGGGAGGGGUUUAUGGACCUUUAAAAGGGACUCCCCCUUCCCUACCCUACCGUGAUUGGUCUGACGAGCUGCAGGCUGAUGAGACUGUCUGGUUCAGUACAGAACCAUCUACUUCCAGUUCAAAGGUCAUCAACACAAACUGCCUAAACUCCAAACAAGCUGGUCUUGGCUUAGUGUGGCCCAAGCAAGUAUUUGUUUUACCUCACUCUAGUAAACAGCCGCCUAACUAGAAGCUCAUGGGGCACUGCCAUGUCCAGCCCAGUCAUGGCUUCUAUAACUGUUGUUUUUUUAACAAAACCGUGAGUUUGUUUGUUCAGCCAUUCGGAUAUGGCAAAUUUUACAAAUAAAGCAAAUUCAGCCUAUUUCAGUCGUACAUAGCAUGCGUCAUUCUGCUUACUGUAUUUGGCAGCAAUGCCUCAUUCUGCUUACUGUAUUUGGCCCACACUAGGCCAUAUCGACUUUUACCAUAUGCAUUUUAGUUAGUCACCCUGCAAUGUAAGGUUUUACUCUACAUUUUAAAGUUUUGUGUCUGUCCUGGGUAUUCAUGUACUUUUUGAGCCUUCAUUGUUUAGUAAGUAUGUGGCUAGGUGUUGCAACUGACUGUCUAAAUUCAUGUCAGGCCUAAACUUGGGCCUAUACGGCAGCAUUGCUAAUGAAAUAUGAAACAUUUUGAACUUACUUGGCGCCCUUUUCCUAACUGAUGUAAUUUGAGUAUUCUAUCUCUUACUGCUGUAGAAUUCUUUCUUCUUAAUUGUCACAGUUUUCUUCAGAUCUGCAGCCAGAUUAAUUGUUCUUUUCUGGAGUGGGGCAUUUAUUCAUUACUCUAAUGUCUCGCAGGCAAUUGUAUUGCCAUUAGGGCAUUUGUUCAGGCAUGUAAACAUGAAGCUUCCUGAGAAAGGUGCCUGAAUAUAUUUACAAAUUGCGUGUUUUAGCUUUUUAUAUUUCUUCAAAUUAUUUUUCAAUUUUAAACCAAUUACACUUUAAAAUCAUUUUUUUUGAGUUUAAAUGUUUUCAUAUAAAGCAUCACACAAGACAAAAGUUAUAUAAAUAGUUUGUUUUCAGUAAGAUUUGGGUCAGCGUCUGAAUACUUUUGCAACACAUUAUAUUUUAUAUUUAUGUUACUAUGUGUGUGGGCUUGUGCAUGUAUUUGACUAUGUGUGUAUCUAUAUAUGUAUGAAUGAGUCUGUGUGUUAAAGUGUAAAUGAAUAUGUCAGUAUUUGUGAUUGCGUACCUAUGGAUGUAUGUGACUAUGUGUCUGUCUAUGCAGGUAUGUGACAGUAUAUGUGUAUGUUUGUUAUUCUGUUUAUUUUUAUAUAUGUACUUAAAGAGACACUGUAGUCACUAUAACCACUGUCUCUGUCUCCAUUCAGUGUUGCACCAUGUUUGUGCAGUAUGCCACAAAAUAAGAGUCCCUGGCCACCCACAGUCCGGCCCCUUCUGUAUGUGUAGCUAAGGCAGAGAUUUUACACUUCCUUGUUGUCAUACCCAUUCAUACCGUCAGUUGGAGCUCUGACAGGUUAAAAGCAGUCAGCUGACACACUCAGCCAAUCACAGCUGCCCAUUGCCUCUCAGGGUAAUACUUCCUUAUUAGCCAAAGCGGCACAGAGGGGAUAGACUGCCAUGGACUCUUGUUUAGCAUUAAAACAUUACACCUUAAAAAACUGUUUAAUGCUGAAAGAAAUGAUAGUACCAGGGGACUCCAGACACUAUAACCAUUUUAAUGAAAUGAAGCAGAUACAGUGCCUACGGUGUCCCUUUAAGUAUGUGACUGUGUGUGAUUUUAUCAACAGUAAUUAGCUGACCUUUAAUCUAUGAAAUGUGCUUACAAUCAUAUUUUAUUUCUAAUGAAGGCAAUCUGCUUUUCAAUAUUUUUCAGGUUUCCAAUGAAAAACUCUGAACAGCUUUCCAAAUGGCUUAUAGCAAUUCAACGGGGACACUGGAAACCUUCAGUUAGAAGUAGAAUCUGUGUAGAUCACUUUUCUAACAAGGAUUAUGUGCGACGUCCUGGAGACAUAAUUCCGCGACUGCGACCCCAUGCAGUGCCUUCCAUUUUUAACAUGAAACAGAAGAGGCAAAGGAAAAAUGUCAAAGACGGGAUGAUGGAAAAAGCAGUAUCAUGCAUUGACAUGGUGGUGCAGGAUGACAUACCAGAAAAAGAAACACAUAGAUUUGUAGACCAUACAUACUCUGCAGUACAAAACAUAAUUGACAGACAUAGCUCAUGCUUGAAUCCUUCUACAAUGAACCUUAGAAGAAGAGUAAAAACUUUACAAAGGCGAGUACAAAGACAAAGGCACACAAUAACAAAACUUUGCUCGAUAAUUACACAAUUAGAGAGGAAAAAUGGAACUGAUCAUGACAACUGCAAGUUGACACCACCCAAUAGGCAGUGAAAAGAAGGACUACUUUGGAAGGCUUGAGUUCUCCUGGAUUUAUUACAAGAUAUAGACAGAUAUAAAUACAGUUGCGUGAUUUUAUCUUUUUCAAGUGACAGUAAUUAAAAAGUGCAACCAAAUCAUAUCAGAAGGAAAUUUCUUCAAUCCCAGAUAAAGGCUGUUCAAGUAUUGUAACUGUUCUGAAUCAACUUGUUCAUAAUUGAAUCCAGGAUUAUCACAUCAGAUAUGUAUAAUGUACAUAAAAAUGUAACAUCAUGUAUUAUUUCUAUUUUGCAGUGUCCAUUCUAUAAUGCUACCCAAUGAAAGCACUUCUAG